UAUUUCCUUCAACUUUUUUUAUCAAUGCUUUUUGCAGGGAUAAUGGGGUUACAAACCCUGUCUUCUAUCUGGGUUUAGCUUUAAAGCUACUCUCUUUCUCUCUCUAAAAGGAUGAGAGAGAAAGAGCCCUUUGUUUGCUGACACUUUGCAUCUUUUCCUCAGCCACCAAUUCCUAUUAAAUAAGGGGAAAGAACCCAUUUUUUUAACGAAUACAGAGAAUGCUCCAAAGCAUUUAGCCAUGGCGAAAUCCCCUGCAACUCUUCUGUUUCAUUUCUUCUUCCUCCUACACUCUUCUCUUUAUGCUGUCUCUUCUUCAUCAGAUAGAGACACUCUUUUGGCCUUUCGCAGUGAACUCUCUGCUUCUUCUCAGAAGCUCCUGCCAUGGAAUCUUACUACUCCAAUGUGUAAGUGGAGUGGGGUUUCAUGCCACCCAGAUGGAUUUACAGUGAAAUCCCUGAACCUCGACAACUUGGGGCUCUCUGGAAUGUUAACCCCAGCUGCUGCUUCAAAGAUCUGUAACCUCAACCGCCUGGUUGUUCUAUCCCUUACUGUCAAUAACUUUACUGGAACCAUUCCUCGGGAGCUCGGUAAUUGCUCAAGCUUGGAGGACCUCGAGCUUAGUGAUAACUCAUUUUCUGGAUCGAUCCCCCCUGAGCUUUUUGAAAUUAAGGGGUUGGCCGAGAUCGAUCUCGGCACGAAUGACCUCACUGGUUCCAUUCCAAUACAGGUAACUUCUUGCACUACUCUCAAGUUUUUAGGUCUUUACAGCAACAAUCUUAGUGGACAUGUACCAGAGGGUCUUUUCAGGUUGCCUGAGUUGAGGUAUGCCUAUCUUCAGGCAAACGCAUUUAUAGGCAAAGUCCCUGAUUUUGGCCUACCUUGUGCUCUUAUUGAGUUAAUGAUAAAUCAGAAUGAAUUCACUGGCUUUAUUCCUAGAAGUUUGGGCAACUGUCACAAUUUAACAUAUAUUUAUGCCUCAGAUAAUAAAUUCGAUGGGGUUAUACCAGAUGUUUUUGAUACAGUUUUGAGCCUUGAAAUCCUGGAUCUCAGUGGAAAUGGUUUUGUUGGGGGGAUACCGGAAAGCCUGAAACAACUUGAAAACUUAUCAGAGAUUGUUCUCUCCCAAAAUAAUUUGAAUGGGAGUAUUCCAUGGUGGAUGGGUAGCCUUAGUCGACUCUCUCUUAUUUCUCUAUGGGGUAACCAUAUUGAUGGUUCAGUCCCUCGAUCACUUGGACAACUUAAGGGCUUGAAGAAUUUGUUUCUUUCUGAGAACAAACUUGAAGGCUUAUUGCCACCAGAGCUCGGGAAUUGUACCUCUUUAGUGGAGCUUCGGCUUCAGAAUAACCUUCUUUCAGGGUCUAUUCCCAAGGGGAUUUGUUUGCUUGAAAAGCUUGAGAUUCUUUAUCUCUUUUGUAAUAAUCUCGAGGGAGAAAUUCCUCAAGAGAUUGGGAGGGCAAGAAGCCUGGUAGAGUUGGGUUUGUAUAACAAUAGCCUUACUGGUUCUAUCCCUGAAGGAAUCACAAAUCUUCGAAACCUGACUUAUUUGUCUCUGGCCUAUAACCAUCUUAUAGGAGUGAUACCUUCUCGAUUGGGGUUAGAUGCAAGUUUGAGUAGACUGGACUUAACAGGGAACCUUCUCUGGGGUCCUAUUCCUUCAAGUCUCUGCUCUUCUGGUAGGCUUGAGGUGUUGGACCUUGGGUAUAACAGUUUCAAUGGCACAUUCCCUGUUGAAAUCGUGCAGUGUUUAUCACUUUAUAGGGUCAUUCUAAGCCACAAUUUUCUACAUGGGAGUUUACCUUUGAAUUCAACCAAAAUAAAUCCUGGAAUUUCCCACUUUGAUCUAAAAGGGAAUAUGCUGAAAGGUUCCAUUCCUCCAGUUCUUGGACAAUGGAGCAAUCUUUCAAUGGUUGAUAUGUCAGAGAACCAGUUCAAUGGUAACAUACCACCUGAGAUUGGUAUGCUAAAAAGGCUGCAAAUUUUGAAGCUCUCUUCAAAUAGCUUAAUGGGUUCUUUGCCACCUGGGUUGUGUAACUUAACACAGCUGAUCAAACUAGAUCUCAGUAAGAAUAGCCUUACUGGAGUCAUUCCAACCCAUUUCACAAACCUUGUGAAACUCCAGAGCUUGCGUCUCGAGGAUAACAAACUCACAGGAAGCAUUCCUGUGUCCCUUUCUUCUCUUGAGACCCUCUAUGAAUUACAACUUGGAAGCAACAUGCUUCAGGGUUCCAUUCCUGAAAGUCUCGGAAAUUUGCACCAUCUUUCUUUUGCUCUGAAUCUUAGCAAUAACAUGCUCAUUGGUCGAAUCCCAGCAAGUCUUGGCAAGCUUGAUAAGCUACAGAUUCUGGAUAUCUCACACAAUCAUAUCUCCGGCGAGGUCCCUUUCGAGCUAAACAACAUGUUUUCUCUCGUCUCAGUGAACAUUUCAUACAAUAAGCUCUCUGGUGAACUUCCUCCAACUUGGAUAACCCUUCUUCUCUCAUCGCCUCACUCUUUUCUUGGGAACCCAGAACUUUGUGUGUAUGUUAACUGUGGAAAUCAAUGUGAGAGAGGUGAAAAUCAUAGAUCUCGAAUGAGGGGGAAAAGAAUUGCAGGUUUGACGCUUGGAAUUAUCCUCUCUGUUGUAAUUUUUUGUUUCAUAUUUUGCUUUGUUGUGGCUCGUCGAAUUCAUUGUCAGUGGGCCCAUCUGCAAGUUCAAACUAUGGAUGGUGAAGCUCUUGAAGAUCUACCCCAUGAUCUGAAAUUUGAGGAGAUAAUGAGAGCAUCUGAAAAUUUGGGUGAGAAAUUUCUGAUUGGAAGAGGCAUACAUGGAAGUGUUUACAGGGUUGAUACAGGGUUGAGACAGCAUCAGCAAAAGUUUGGGCUGUAAAAAAGGUGGAUAUGUCAAAA